CAAAACGAAAUAUUUUUAUUGCUCCGAAAAAGAUCUCAAACAUUUUCUCUACUGUUUCUCUUUCCUCUUUGUCUGGUGUUUCUGUUUCUUCCUUCUCGCUUUGCUCCGUUCUAUUGAAAGCUUUCGAUCCCAUCUUAGCGGACAUGGGUCUGAUCGUUUUGACUCAGGUGUCGACCGGCUUGAGUGUCUUGGCCGGGGCCGUGCUAGUCAAAUCGGUCGUGAACCAGAAGCCCAUGGCGGGCCCAUUUCAGAGAUGUCCAACUUGCAACGGCACGGGCCGUGUCUCGUGCUUGUGUUCGCGUUGGUCCGAUGGAGAUGUCGGCUGUCGGACUUGCGCGGGCUCGGGUCGCAUGGCGUGCAGCAGGUGCGGUGGGUCAGGUUCAGGCCGCCUUAUUCCGGUCCAGAUUUCUGUACGUCAACCAACGCAUCAAAGCUCCUAAUUGACACGGUUUUGGCUCUUCAUGAAUCAUGACACUCCCAAAACUCUCUCUUAUAUUGUUGUAAUUUUUUUCGUUUGAAAUUUAAUUGUGUAAUAUAACACUGGAAGAGAGAAAGUUAUAACAUUGGAAUAGAUAUGAUUUUUCUUUU